CCAAGAUCCAAGAGCAAUCAGCUAGCUAAGGCAAACUUAGCUACGAGUAAGAGGGGAGUUACUACCUAGUACGAGUGCUAGCAGGAUGCCGGAAGAACCGAGGCGCAGCAACAAUCAGCGCCUCCAGCCUAUACGAAAUACAGCAAUUGUAGGUCCUGCUAGGCGACAGCUUCAGUUCACGCAGGAACGAACUACCAACCAAGGCCCAACUCAUGGGAACAGUUCAGCAGGGGGGAAUGCUCCCAUGCGGGGUGGAGUUGGCCAUCUCAGUAACCCCCAAGCCCAAGUUCAUUCUACCAUUAUAGCUCCAGCCCAUCAAAAUGAAGAAACUAGGGUGAAUAACCCAGCAAGGGGUGGAGUGGGCAAUCCUAUAAACCAGCAGGAGAAUUCGACUAGGAUUGUCUCAAACCAUGAAAACAAUAUAGGGGUGAAUUACCCGUCAAUGGGUGGAGCGGGAAAUCCUACCAAGACACAGGAUAAUUCUACCAAGAUAGUCUCAAACUAUGAAAACAAUACAGGAUUGAAUGUUCCAUCGUCGAUUGUUGCUAUCCCUCCUCACACCCCACAAGGUCAUGGUGCCAAUGUAGUCUCAACUCCUGAGAACAACACAUCAACCGAUGCAUCAACCGUUGGACCACCAAACAGAGCUAUCCAUAUGGCCCGUGAAAAUCCUGUCGCUGUGAUACAACCUCAAAUUGUCAAUGAGUGUAGCCAUGAAGAGCGACUCAAGUUCAAUGAAGAAAGGCGCAUGCAGGUGCCUAUGUUGGCCCUACAUGAACUGCAAAUAAACGCAUACAUGUGUAGCACGUGAAUAAUAUACUCCUAUGCAUGUGCUGCUCACAAGCAUGUGCUUAGUGAGCGUCAUUUGUCUGUAAUUUAUACAUGUAAGCAUAUCACAAUAAGCAUGCAUUAAUGAUGUAUACUUGGUAAAUGAAAUAUUUAUAUAAGUUGUUAUUUGCACAUCUGAUGUA